CUCCCCUCCGGGCGCGCUGCCCUCCCCUCCGGCGGGGCCGAACGGCUUCUCCAGCCGCCGAUCGCACCCAUCAGCCCGGCAGCGGGGGGUCAGCGGAGCCCCUGAGGGGCCGGACCGUUGUUUCGGGGGCGGCUCUUAGGGCCCGGUAACGGCGGGGAGGGGAGUCCCGUCCCCGUCCCGCCCCGGAGCCUGCGCGGAGCCGGCGGGCAGCGCUUGGGCCAUGGGCGGGCAGAGCUGAGCACCGGCGGCGGGAUCGCCAUGCCGGCUCCGGAACCUAUGCCCGGUUACGGGCAACUGCUGAAACGGGGUUACGGGAGUUUGACGGAAGCGAUAAAGGCUUGCGGAGACUGCGGUUGGGAACUAUCGCGACAGACCUGGACCGAAAACGCCUACCUGGGUUGGGGAGAGGUGUUGCUCUGCGGACUCUGCGCCUUCGGAUGGACCGUGCUGCGCCGCGCCGCCGCCCGCAGACUCUUUGGGCCCUUCGGGGACUGGUGCAACUUGCAGCCGAAAGAUGCUGCCAAGAUGCCUGAGAGUGCCUGGAAGCUGCUUUUCUACACGUUAUCCUGGUCAUACGGCAUCUACCUGCUCUUCUUCACCGACUACCCCUUCUUCUACGACCCACCGUCCGUCUUUUACGACUGGAAGAAGGGCAUGGAUGUGCCCACGGACAUCGCCAUCGCCUACCUGUUGCAGUGCAGCUUCUACGGACACUCCAUCUAUGCCACCGCCUACAUGGACACAUGGCGCAAGGACUCCGUUGUCAUGCUUCUCCACCACGUGGUCACGCUGACCCUCAUAGCCUUCUCCUACGCUUUCAGGUACCACAACGUGGGCAUCCUCGUGCUCUUCCUGCACGACGUCAAUGACGUGCAGCUGGAAUUCACCAAGCUCAACGUCUACUUCAAGCACCGGGGGGGAGUCUAUCAUCGCCUCAACGACAUCAUCUCCAACAUCGGCUGCCUCACCUUCAGUGUCAGCUGGUUCUGGUUCCGUCUCUACUGGUUUCCCCUCAAGGUGCUCUACGCCACUUGCUACUCCAGCCUCCAGUCGGUCCCUAAUAUCCCCUUCUACUUCUUCUUCAAUGCUCUGCUCCUUGUCCUCACUCUGAUGAACAUCUACUGGUUUCUGUACAUCGUCCUGUUUGUGGCCAAGGUGCUGAUGGGGCAGAUGCAAGAGGUGAAUGAUGUGCGUGAGUACGACGUGGAGGACAGCAAGAAAACCACAACGGCCAAGAAGAAAGAGGCUGGACUGCAGCUGCCCAAUGCUCUGAAAGAAGGGAUGCACCUGAAGAAUGGACUUGUAAAAGACAAGCGGUUAUAAGGGAAGCGUGGCUGCUGCAAGCCUGGGCAGCCUGGCUGGAUCUGGGGACUGACCCAGGACCCUACGCUCAAACCCAGCAAAUGAAAGGCACAAGGAGAACUUCAUCCCUGAUACCCCUUCAUCCCCUGCCUGGAGCUGGGGAAGAGAUGCCACUGACAAGAUCAGGCCCCUCCUGGGGCUUGCCUGUGACCAGGCUUCACCUGAUGCUGAUGUGCUUUCUGCAGCCAGUCCGUGCUGGUUCAGUUGAGAGGCUGGUGGCUUUGCUGGUCCAGGUAGGAUUUGGAGCUGGCUUUAGGUCCCCUGGUGUUUCUUCUGUCACUCCAUCCCUCGGCUACUGUCAGUCCCUUUGUGAUUUCCCCUGUCUUUACCGUUGGACCCUCUCACCGACCCUUCCUCGGAGGCCCUUGAAGGGUCCUCGGACCCAGCAUCAAACCGGGGAGGGAAACAUCCUCUCUUCCAUUGGCAUCGCUGUCCCAGGCGAGGGGAGCCCAAAGCCAGCUCUUCUCUAGCUGCCAAGCAGGGACUGGAGAGGUGAUGCAGUGCACCUCUGAGCCUUCCUCCUCAGGAGGGAUCACUAAUACGGAGCUGCCCACAGAUAGCUGGAGGCACAGCACAGUUCCCAUGUGCAGGUCUGCCUGGAAACCCAGCCCUGGAGCAUUAUUCCAGCCUCUUGUCCUGCCGGAUGAGGGCCAGGCAAUUUAAAUUGCUUAAAAAGCCUAUGUAAGUCUUACAAUUGCUUAAAAAGCCAGUCCCAGACCUGCAGGGUCCCUUGCUGAGGGAUCUCUAGACUCUCACCCAGCAAUGUCUGCUUGCUCAAGUAAAGAACAAAUAGUUUCUGCUCCCCAUGUUGGUUUUCCAGGCAGCACCGGCCCUGAGCCUUGCAGCUCUUCUCUCACAGGGCCGGGACCCACAGCUCCUGGGUCCUCCCUGGGACGUGGAGCUCGCUCCCAGCUGGGAACAACAGGCAGUGGAGGUGGGGGAUUCAGGGCAUUAAUUCCAGGCAUCAGAGGGUGGUUAAUUGUUGUUUGGUUUGGGUUUUUUUGUUUUUUUUUUUUUUCUUUGUUUGGUGUGUCAUAUUGAUUCAACUCCAGGCUCGUUGUGAGAGCCCCAGGGAAAGUUCCUUGGUAAACAGAAAGCAAAAUGUGACUUGGGCUGAUGGAAACUGUCCCAAGCUGGGGUAGGAUCUGUCACCUUCUCACUUGUCAUCGCCUAGCAGGGUUUCAGAGGGGUGCAUCUCAGUGCUUUAGUUCCUUGGCUUUCAAGCGGGAUUUGCAGGAAGGAGGAAAUGAAGGGAACUGAUAUCCCAGGCCUCUUUCCGCUCGGUCAUAGGAACGUUGGGGCAGUGACGGUGCCAAGUUGGGGUAACGGCGGUACCUAGUCAGCACGUGUGUGGGUAAACUGAAUUUUAUAGUACCGGCUUGCCCAGGCUUCAACAUUUAGCUGGGUAACUCGUCGGCCAGCAUCGUGUGUGUGUAACGUCGGAUAUGCUGCCUGCAGUUUUGCUGCGAUGGCUGGAAAGGGGCUGUGCAAAGGGGGAGACCACGGGGGUCCCUCUGCCUGGCUGGGGCAGGGACCCUGCGCUGGGGGCGGGUGCUGAUGUCUUUUUGUGCUGGCCCUGGGGUUGCGUGUCUUGUGGGCAGGGUGGUGUGUGCGGCAGGGAGCUGAGUGAAGAUUUGGGGUGCUGGAAGUUGAUGGCCUUAAAGAGAGAGGUGUUGGAUGCUGUGAUGGGGGGG